AUGAAUUGGGGGAUACUGCAAGAUAGCUGCACAAACUCUUGUGAAUCAAUGGUGGUGUAUGCUCCUGUGGACAUUACUGGAAUUCAGUCUAUGAUGACAGGAUGCGAUUCGAGCAAUCUUGCAAUACUGCCGUCAGGAUUCUCAAUUGUUCCUGAUGGCUUAGAGUCAAGGCCAAUGGUAAUUACUUCGAGGCGGGAGGAGAAAAAUACAGAGGGAGGAUAUUUGUUUACAAUAGCAUUCCAGAUUCUUACCAAUGCUUCUCCUAUAACCAAAUUAACAAUGAAGUAUGUGGACUUUGUUAACAAUCUUGUGAAGAUGGUUAGUCAAAAUCAGGCAAUUGAUGCAUAG